AUGGAGGAUGCAGCCUUCCAGCCAUUCAAGGGCCACACUGGCUGGAUUCUCGCACUCGCAUACUCACCUGACGGUGCACUCCUCGCCACUGGGGUCCCUGAAGAUGCAGUUUGGCUAUGGAACCCUCCUAUCAUGAAGGAGACAGACUUUAAGCCAUUCAAGGGCCAUACCGACGCGGUCUACACACUUGCAUACUCGCCCGACGGAAAAUUCCUCGCUACUGGGUCUGACGACAAGACAAUACGCAUAUGGGAUGCGGCGACGGGUCGUCAAGUCGGCGGUGCUCUGGAGGGGCAUACUGAUGCUAUCCGCGCCAUUGCUUACUCUCCUGACGGUCAGCAUCUAGUUAGCAGCUCCCUCGACUGCACUGUUCGCGUAUGGGGCACAACUACCCAUCAGAUGAUCAUGGCCCCACUCAAUGGUCACACAAACCCUGUUAUUGAUGUGCAGUACUCGCCAGACGGCACACACAUCGCAAGCGGAGGUUAUGAUAACCUCCUAAAGCUGUGGGCUGCGCAAGACGGCAAAUGCGUGGCAACAAUUACACACCCUUCCGGCGUUAAUUCUGUCUCUUUUUCCCCAAGUGGAGAGCACCUCGCCACCGCUUUCAACAACGCUAUUAUCCGUAUCUUUGCUGUGAAUGGUUUUGAGCGCAUCCGUGAGCUAUCUGGCCAUUUAGGCCCGGUCAGCAUCGUCCAAUACUCUCCUGACGGAUCAUUCAUCGCUAGUGCAUCACACGAUUUCACCAUCCGGCUUUGGGGUUCUCAGUCCGGAGAGCUGGUCCAUAAUUCUUUGCGUGGUCACAAGGGUAUAGUCAAUAACAUUUCAUUCUCGCCUGACGGUCUGCAGCUAGUCAGCUGUUCGCAAGACGAGACCAUUCUGGUAUGGGACGUCACAUCAGGCGAAUGUAUCUCAGGACCGCUUUAUGGGCACCAGGGGGCCAUAGAUGCGAUACAAUGUUCUCCUGAUGGUGCACGGUUUGCUUCUUGUGGAUUGGACGGCAUCCGAGUUUGGAGUAUCCGCGAUGGAGUACAGGUGCUCCCUCAACGCGAAGUUUCGGUAUCGGCAGUCAAGUUUACUCCGGAUGGUGCACGCCUAGCUGGUGGAGGACAAGACGGGAAUAUCCGUAUAUGGGACAUGAAGGCCAGCGCGAUCUUGCAUGUCAUCGAGGCCCACAAGGAUAUUGUCGUGACGCUCAGCAUAUCGUCUAACGGCCUGUUGCUAGCCAGUGGAUCCGACGAUAAGACUGCCCGCAUCUGGGACCUCAGGUCCUAUGAAGCUCUAGGUGAACCUCUCAAACACGACGCCACAGUGCUGUCUGUUUGCUUCGCGCCCGACGGUUUGCAAGUGCUAACCGGGUCAUUCGACGGAGCAGUACACCUAUGGAACAUCUUGCAAGGGCACGAAGAGCAGGUCUUUGUUUGGCGUCAUGAAGAUAUGGUCAACAGCGUGCACUUCUCGGGCGAUGGAUCGAAGUUUCUGAGUGCAUCAGACGAUCGACGGGUUUGUGUAUGGGAUGCUGCCAGCACUAGAAAAAUUUCCCAGACUCUACAGCAUGACGUCUCAGUAAAUUCGGCGGCCUUCUCACCAGAUGGAACGCAAAUCGUGAGCUGCACCGGAGAUCAUGUAUAUGGGUCAACCAGUGAUCUCCGCCUGUGGGACACGAAAUCUGGGCGUCUCCUGCGUCCCAAGGUUCGUGCUCACCCUCCCUCUUAUAACACUCGUUGA